CGCACGAAAUUUCGCAUGCUAAGCCAACGAACAGUGAAUCAAAUCAUCAUCAAAAAUCAAACUCAGGAUUAGUAGUUUGGCAUUUGCAGAGAAGAAAAUAAGGAAGACAAAAAAUUUGAUCUGAGAAAGAUGAACGAUGCGGAUGUGUCGAGUCAGAUUCAACAAAUGGUGAGGUUCAUCCGUCAGGAGGCGGAGGAGAAAGCCAACGAGAUCUCUGUCUCUGCGGAGGAGGAAUUCAACAUUGAGAAGCUGCAAUUGGUUGAAGCUGAAAAGAAGAAAAUCAGGCAAGAAUUUGAACGGAAGACUAAACAGGUGGAAUCGCGCCGGAAAAUUGAGUACUCAAUGCAGCUGAAUGCAUCCCGCAUUAAGGUUCUUCAAGCACAAGAUGAUUUGGUGAGUUCCAUGAAAGAUUCUGCUGCCAAGGAACUUCUGCGUGUUUCCAGUGACGAAAAGGGCUAUAAAGACCUUCUCAAGAGAUUGAUUGUGCAGAGUUUACUGCGGCUGAGUGAACCAGCAGUGUUGCUCCGGUGCAGGGAGGUGGAUCGUAAGCUUGUUGAGUCUGUGAUCAAAGAAGCAGAACGCGAGUAUGCGGAGAAGGCCAAAGUAGAAGCCCCAAAAGUUACCAUUGAUGAUCAAGUGUAUCUCCCACCUCCUCCAAAAUCCCAGGAUCCCCAUGAUCCUUUUUGCUCGGGUGGAGUUGUUUUGGCUUCACAAGAUGGGAAGAUAGUUUUCGAGAACACUUUGGAUGCAAGAUUGGAUGUUGCUUUCAGACAGAAACUGCCCGAGAUAAGGAAGCGCCUUGUUGUACAACCGGGGGCAUCAUGAUAGACUUGCUGCAUAUCCAUUUGAGCAUUGAGUCUGCGUAUAGUCCUCUGUUUUUUCUUGUUCUGUUUAAGCAAUCUGAUGUCUACAAUAUGCAAAAUCUUCUGAACUUCUGCUUUCUCAAAUAAUUUGGUACUGAGAAAAGGGAGUGCAUGA